GUCAUUUCCUGCUCGCAAAAACGCGGAAGAAGGCGGACUGACCCAAGUUGGGAGUUGGUCGAAUACGGAAGCCGAGCCAAGCGGGACCAGAAGUAACACCGCGACCAGAACCAGCGCUGACACGGGAGCGACUUGUACACAUUGUGGAAAAGAAGUCGAGUUGUUGUUUUGCAUUCACUUUUCGUUCUCGCAUUCCGCCUGCUAGCUGCUGUUGGCUAGUUAGCCUGUUAGCUGGGAACGUCCAGAAUAAUAAUAAAUAGAAGAAGAUGACUGGCGUGAGCAGCAUUGAGGCCGUCAAGAAGAAGAUUCAGUAUCUUCAAAGGCAAGCUGAAGAAGCCGAAGAGCGAGCAGAAACGCUGCAAAGGCAACUGCAGGAGGAGAAGAGGUCUCGUGAUGAGGCAGAGGCGGAAGUAGCGUCGCUCAGUCGCCGUCUUCAGAUGACUGAAGACAGCCUGGACCAGACCCACGAGCAGCUCACCUCUGCCAUCGGGAAGCUCGACAAGUUGGAGAAGGUGGCCGAUGAGAGCGAGAGAGGGAUUCGUGUGAUUGAAACUCGGGCGAUGAAGGAUGAGGAGAAGAUGGAGCUUCUGACAGCUGAGCUCAAGCAAGCUCAAAUCGUCGCUGAGGAGGCCGACCGCAAAUAUGAGGAAGUGGCUCGUAAACUGGUGAUGGGGGAGGAGGAACUGGAGCGUGCCGAAGCCCGAGCGGAGUUAGCUGAGAGCAAAGCUCGCUCGCUGGAUGACGAGCUGAAGAGUCUGAUGGCCAGUUCGAAGAGUUUGGAGUCUCAGGCCGAGAAGUUCUGUGUGCAGGAGGAACGUAGCGAGUUAGAGAUCAGCAGCCUAAGGAGUAAACUGAUGGAGGCAGAGAACAGGGCGGAGUCUGCCGAGCGCACGGUGGCCAAGCUGGAGAGAACCGUCGACGAGCUGGAAGAGUUGCUGUUGGCCGCCAAGACGGCCAACGUGGAUCUCAACACCAAACUCAACCAGACCCUUGAGGAUCUUUCCGCCUUCUGAACGAUCCACCUCUUGCUGUCACAUUCCUUAAUUAGUGGGAUCAAUAGUCACACGCUGGCUCCGUAAUUGCUUGCUUGCGUUGUGGGUGUGUGCUUGGAAGGGAACAGCCAAUCGUAUUUUUCUGCCAAACCGAAGGGGCCAAUUACAUCUCAUUCCGUGGCAUUGUGCAUUUUAUACUGUGACGUUAUCGACAUAUGAUUCUGUCAAGAGUAUAGAGUC